UUGACGCAACAGCAAACAAGGUCUCUCAAGGACCGUACGAGAGAAGUGAAAUCGCCGACCGCAUAUUCAUAUUUUCCACGUCCAAAGAGUUUCUUUAAUUAUGGGUUGAAGCGAGAGUCGAAGCUAGUUUUGGUGGUAUUUGGAAAUGGGAGAAAAAAAGGAUGUAGCGAUGUUAAUCUUUGGGCUGCUGUUGUAUAUUUUCGACGUGGGAUCCGAUAUAUUUGUGGCUGUCGAAUUGUAUCAACAUGGCCACUUCUGGUGGUUCAUUUUAACUUUGAUAUUUAUCAUCCUUCCGAUAAUUAUUAUCAACUUCGCAGCUUGCUUUCAAACCGGACCAGUACGUUCCAACGAAAAUGAAACUGAAACAAGCGGCAAGAUAUGUUGCGCCUUCUCGUUCUGCACAUGCACCUCUAUUAUUUUCCGAUAUAAGGAAGAAAUUACGCGGUGGAAUAUCUUGAAUGAAUUAAAAAGGUCGACAUGCAAACAAACGUACGAAACGUGUCCCUGUUACAAUUGUAUGAAGUAUCGAGAUCAACAAAUCAACUUCGCAAAAUCUUCCUACGAACUGGCACAGUUGCACCAUAUUGCUGCUGUAACCGAGUCUGCACCGCAGUGGUGUCUUCAAGUUUACAUCAUGUUACGUCAGUCGUAUUUUCCAUGGUAUACUCUGCUUUCAACUUUGAUUUCUCUUUUAACACUGGUCUGGAGUAUCACAAACAUCGAAAUAACACGACAUAAAAAGAACGGGGAUGAGUUAAAAUUUGAAAGCAAAGCGGUGUUUCUGCUUUCCCAACUUUUCUCUUUGGUGUCUAGAUUAUUCGCCAUAAUCUAUUGUGCUUAUGUGCUGAAAUAUUUCGUGUUUUUGAUCGUUGUAGUGCACAUAGUUUUUGUUACACCGUGUUUAAUUUUUGCGAUCGGCCACGGAUGCAUGGAUCUGAUGAUAAGUUUAUUGUUAACUUUUUCUGUUUUCUUUGGUAUCUCCGAGUCUCUGUUAAGUCUUGAAUACGCUGAAGCAAAAGUGCUCAUUUAUAUGUUGCAAUUUUCUCAUGGAUUUCAAAACGUCCUAAUGUUGUCUAUUUCCCUCGCCUUUUCACGGUUUGAUAACCAAGUUUGGCUUAUUGCCACCGCAUGCGUCAUCGGGGGACUUCUUUUAGGGACAGCGUUAUUGAUAUGCUUUUUUAAGUCAUACAACCCAGGACAAGAUGUACAAGUUGUGCAAAUUAUACCAAACGAUAAUGUACGAGAAAAAAGACAUGCAGGGAAAGAUGGACCAUCAAAUUACGGUCAAGAAAACCAUGUAACACGUAUAUAAACCUUGACCUGGCAUGUAUCGCGGGUUACUGCUGUGUCACAUUUUUUCCCAACACCAUGUCUCGUUUUCAUGCGCAUAAUUAAUAUACUGUUGGCGAUCGCGAAUCAGAGAAUUACUUGCGCCUGGAAUGGAGUAAAUGAAAUAUUAAACAUAAAUUAUGUAAAUAUAAAUUUUGUGCUUUUUUAAUCACAACUAUUGUAUUAAACCAUAGAUUGGUAGAAAAACCAUAACCCGAGACUUUGUGAGUGUAAUCAUAGAGUAGAUAAAAUAGGAUUAAAAUCUAUGUGA